GUCUUCUAGGGUUUUGACUUUUGUCCGGUGGUAGCCAAUUCACGUAGUCGUUGCAGAGGGGAAGGCUUGAAAACUAGAGUUCGAUGAACUCUUAUCAAUAAUAAUGGAGAAUCAGGAGCCAGAAAAGCUAGAAAUUUCACCCGGUACGAGGUUCCUGAUCGAGGUUUAGACCAUACGAAGCUCAAAAAUGUUGACAGAAGACGAAACAGACUUGUACCGCGGCGGAGGCGGCGGCAAGGAGCCUCAAAAAGUUGCUAUAAUCUUUGCGUUUUGCGGUGUAGGGUACCAAGGGAUGCAAAAGAAUCCAGGCGCGAAGACCAUUGAAGGCGAGCUCGAAGAAGCUCUGUUCCACGCCGGAGCUGUACCUGAGUCCAUUAGAGGGAAGCCUAAACUAUACGAUUUCGCACGAUCUGCACGAACCGAUAAAGGAGUGAGUGCUGUGGGACAAGUAGUUUCAGGUCGCUUCAACGUUGAUCCGCCUGGAUUCGUGGAUCGUCUCAAUUCGAAUCUCCCUAAUCAGAUUAGGAUCUUUGGUUAUAAGCAUGUUACGCCGUCGUUUAGUUCCAAGAAGUUUUGCGAUCGAAGAAGGUAUGUGUAUCUGCUUCCAGUGUUUGCUCUUGAUCCAAUCUCGCAUCGUGAUAGAGAAGCGGUAAUGGCUAGUUUAGGUUCAGGCGAGGUUUAUGUUAAGUGUAUUGCGUGCUCAGAGAGAGGUCGUAAGAUUCCAGAUGUUGUGGGCAAUGGGAAAAGAAACUGCUUCGUUACAAAGUCAUUGAAUGUUCAGUCAGACAUUUUGUCGAACAAGUCUAGUGCAUUAAGAACUGACGUCAAGAUCGAAGCUUUGAGUUCUGAUUUUGCUAGCUUAAGCUCAGUUGAUGUUCAUGUAGCUAGGAUACAAGAAGAUAGUUGUAAAUUGAAUACAAGUUCAUCAGAGAAGAUUAAAAUGGCCGAGGGAAAGAGCAAGUUUUGUUACGGGGAAAAGGAGAAGGAAAGGUUCAGUAGAAUACUGAGUUGUUAUGUUGGAUCAUAUAAUUUUCAUAACUUUACUACAAGAGUGAAAGCAGAUGAUCCAGCUGCUCAUCGUCACAUCAUCUCCUUCACCGCUGAUACUGUCAUUAAUCUCGAUGGUAUUGACUUUAUUAAGUGUGAAGUCUUGGGCAAAAGCUUCAUGCUUCAUCAGAUUCGUAAGAUGAUGGGUCUUGCUGUUGCAAUCAUGAGGAAUUGUGCAUCUGAAUCACUUAUCCAGACUGCUUUCAGCAAGGAUGUGGAUAUAACUGUACCAAUGGCUCCAGAAGUUGGACUCUACCUUGAUGAAUGCUUCUUCACGUCUUAUAACAAAAACUUUGAAGACAGUCAUGAGGAAGUGUCAAUGGAAGCAUUCAAAGAAGAAGCUGAAGCAUUCAAAUUGAAGCAUAUAUAUUCUCAUAUCGGCGCUACAGAGCGAAAAUAUGGAAAUAUGGCUCUUUGGUUGCAUUCUUUGAACCAUAGAAACUAUCCUGACCUAAAUUUUGGCAGCCAUGGACAUAACACGGACCAAGUUCUUGUCCAUAAAAAGGUUGAUGAAACCCACCACGAGGAAGUCUCUAAGCCAAAAUGAUGAAAGCUUAGUUUGAAGAUUUUGACAUCGUUUAUGCUCUUCAACAACGUUGAUUAACGAUUCUUGUAACUUUUAAAUUAAUGAUUUUUUGUGUGUUAUAUGGUGUAACCAAAAAAUUGAUUGUAAAAGACCUCGUUCUGUUUUUAACACCAAAGAGUUUAAAAGUCA